ACCUGCCGUUGUGAAUCAGCUGCAUCCACACCCAUAUAUCUACCUAAUUCAUAUGAUAAAGCCAAUAACGCAAGUGUUCCUCGAGUUUUUAGGAUUACAUACUGCAAAAGCUGCAAACCCUAUUUUUAUCGAGCCUGUGGGCUUGAUUUGUUCCCAUGGGUGCAAGAAAUAUGUGAUGUGAUAAACGAUGUUAACGGAGAAUGCCUGCGUGGAAUGCAGAGCAAUUGCUCAUUCAUGGAGCUAGAACCAGAAGCUAACAACGACGCGCAAUUAACACUGGAGGAAUUCAAAGAAGGAGCGAAGGCAGAUCCAUCAAUCGUCCAUGCAUUGUCCCUCUAUUUUUUGCAAGCACUAUUUGUUCGGCUAGGAAACAAUGAUUCUGUCCACGAUGAAAACCUAUUGGAACAUAUAUUUCGUUCAUUCCAUUUAUCACAGAAAAUUAUUACUCUGAGGUCGGUCGAAAUGACUACAAAUUUAUUCAAAGGCACUAAGCGUUACGUGGUUAUUAUAUUUAUGUUGGUAAAUUGCUGAAC